AUGGACCGGAAAGCCCCACGAGUAAAUGGCAUAUGGGCCCUCUCAAAAGAACAUGAUACCAACUCUCCUAGACACAAGAGAGAGAGUCCACAAGAAAGGGAAUAUUUUGAGUAUAACACAGAUCUCCUCACGAUGCUGAAAGACGUCGGAACCAGGUUUGACCUUGAACGACCUUUCCCCAUGAAAUCUCCUGCUGAGAGUCGAAACCCAAAGUUGUAUUGCCAGUUCCAUGAAGACAUAGGACAGGAAACAAAGAAUCGUAGAACCUUGAAAAGGGCUCUAGACGGCCUGGCCUCCAAAGGACAUCUCAAGAACUAUUUACAGAAGAAUGCUCACGCUGCUGGAGGACCCACCAUGAGGGGGCAGAAAGAUUAUGCUCGCCGCCUGGGGCAAGUAAUGCUGUCAGCAAAGUCACCUUUGGAUCCAUUCCCACGGAGAGAGAUAUGUGAGUCGGAUGGUGGACGAAUAGCCACUCCGCAUGAUGAUCCUCUUGUGGUCGAAUUCAAGAUAUCCAAUAUGAGGGUAAAGCGUAUCCUAAUAGAUACGGGAAGCUCGUCUGACAUAAUGAGCCUGGAAUGCCUAUAUCGCCUAGCACAUGAUCCCAAAACCAUGGAUAGUAUACACUAUCCCAUCAUUGGUUUCGGAGGGAGCAUCAUACACCCUGUAGACGUCAUCACUCUGCCGGUUCGAAUUGGGGACAGGAAAAAUGGACGGAAGAUGGAUGUGAAUUUCCUGAUUGUUAAGGACUUAACAGCAUAUAAUGUCAUCCUGGGACGACCCACCUUGAACAAGAUUAAAGCCGUAGUUGUCACCCAUCUGAUACUUUUGAAGUUUGUGUGCGAUAAUGGGGCGAUAGGCACCAUACAUGGAGACCAACAACAAGCUAGAGACUGUUAUCUCACCACCCUCAACCCGUCAGCAUGGAAGCAAGAUUCUGCCGAAGCUAGAGGCAAAAGAAAGCACGAAGACGAGCUGCCUCCAAGGAGAGUAAACCAGCCAAAACAGAAACUGUCAAGAUAG